CCAGCAUCCACUGGGAAAAAGUGAAGAAAAAAAUUUGCAGCGAAUGGAGGGAGAAAUGAUUGGAUAUAAGAACAAAGCAUACAACUCUUGUAUUUGUCAAGAUUCCAGACUUUUUCGCUCUUACCUGACUCAUCUGAUAGGUGACACGUGGUUGACAUCAGCCUACUACUCAAGAAAGUACACAAACCCCAAAGGAUGCGCAGUGACGCCGUUGAAGAGCUUGGACACUCAAUCACAGGGAUGAGUUCUGCAGACUGGACCUUCGAUGCGUCUGUUGAUGUCGGCAGGGACUGCUCGGGUUUACGGGAUGUGCCGUCCCUGGUCAAAUAGUCUUGGUUGUAACAUGCAACGUUGGCAACUCAGAUGGUGGCUUUUCAUUUGAGGCCUUGCGAUUUGAGGGACCUUGCCAACCAACAUGAAUGUCUGGUUCAAUCGCCGUCAAAUCGCCAUCUAUAAUACUCAGUCGAGG